AUGUGGUCCUUUGCCAGAAACAUUUUCCAAGUGGGUGCACGUCGUUCUCUUUUCACGAUGGGGAAUUGGACCCCCACUACGGUCUCUCCAUUACAACGUCUACUGGGACCAUCACCACUUUCUUCAGGUUUUGGUAUGGGGCAACGCCGUUGGAAAUCAAGAGGUAACACAUUCCAACCUAGUACUCUGAAACGUAAGCGUAGGGUAGGAUUUCUAGCUCGUGCACGCAGUAAGCAAGGUUCAAAGAUUUUACAACGCAGAAAGCACAAAGGUAGAUGGUUCUUAACGCAUUGA